UACAAUUAUCAUUUUUCCUUCUUUCUUUGAGCUCGCGCCUUCUACAGUGGUGAACAAACAAGAUAUUUCACUCUCACCUUUUAUUGAAAGAAGAAGAAACAUCCACGUAGCUUGUUUUCACCUUUUUUAACACCCCUUCCUCAUCUAAUUCAGAUCACCCCAAAAAUAAUCACUCACAAUUCAAUUUCUUCAACUGCUAGAAUUUCUGCAGUACUCUUCCCAAUCCCAGAUUUUCGAAUCCAAUUCAUGCGGAUACAGAUAGCAUAACCCUCAUCAAGGUUUGCUUUAUUUUCUACCCUGCUUUCUGCAUCAAUUAUAUUGAUGUCUCCUCGAACUAACCAAUAUUCAAUGAUUUCAAUUUCACAAACCAAUUCUAUAUAUAUAUAUGGAAGAUCAAAGAUAGUUAUAUAUAUACCUAUGCAUCAUCUUGCGUUUUAAAUACAAGAAGUUAUUUAUGCUAUUGUGUUGUGUGUGUUGGUGUGUGAGUUUUGGGAGGCUGCAGCUACUGUUGAGAGUCAAGGCGGGUUGGAGUCGAGGAAGAAUGGAGGAGAGAGGGGGGGUUGGCGGUGCUGCUGUCGGGAGCGGCGUGGUGGCCGCGACGCCGAUGGAUGGCGGCGGCCUGAUGCCCCUGCUGGCCGUCUGCCAGAAAUAGAGAGAGAAAUGGGAGGCGGCUGGACGGCGGGGCUGUUCAGCGGAGGGAGCGACGGCGGCCUCGGCCUUUGAGGUCGACCGACGGUCCAGAGAGGAUGAGAUCGACGGCGGUGGUGGCCGAUGGCUGCUGCUGUUCGCCUGUCAAGAAGAGGGGUAGGGCGGCGAUGAGUUGGAGAGUCAGACGAGGGAGGCGGCGAUGGGUACGGUCCGGCUGACCCUAGCUGUCAGUUGAAGGAGGGAGGCGGUGGCUCCGGCGGCUAGCUCGCCGGAAAUUGAAGAGGUGAGAGAAGCUAGGGAUUUUUGGGGAUUUCUUUUUAGGGAUAUGAGAGGGAGAUGCGAGGGAGACAGAGGGGUGGUACCGUGGCGGUGGUGGCUGGCGGCGACAGAGGCCGCCGGGAUUGAAGGGGAGGGAGACGGUGGCGUGAGGAAGAAAAAGAGAGAGAGAGAGAGAGAGAGAGAGAGAGAUAGAGAGCUUGAGCAUGAGCAUGUUACAGAGAGAGAGAGAUAACAAGUGAAGUGAGAAAUAAGUGAGGAAUUUGUGUUAGGACCAUGAAGUAUUGGGCUUAGUUUGGGCCUUUAUAUUAAUUUUUUUUGGGGCUACAUGUUUAUUUGUUUGGUUAUAUGUUUUAAUUAAAAAGUUAAAGUCUUACAAAUGUUUGUAAGUAAAAUAUUUUUAAAUUGAUUUUAUGCUCAAGAUGAGUUUUUAAGUAAAAGCCGAGCAAGGGUAUUAUUGAAACCCUUAGCCAAGAAAAAUGAUUUUUAAGUUUUAUGUUGAAUUUUUGAAAAUCCGGGUGUUGCGAAUCUAGUUAGAAAAUGAUGAUAAGUCAUGAAGGUUAAGUUUGAUUUUAGGACUAUGAGUUUAAGUUGAGAACUUAUCUUGUAGAUCCUACAGAAGAGGAUAUUUAGGCUCUUGAUCAGCUGAGUUAUAUUGUUUGAAUUUUCUCCAAAUCAGAACAUUGUUGGCUCCGCCAACCAGAACAUUGUUAGCCCUGCUAACCAGAAUUGUGUACGUACACCAGAACCUGUUGUCUCGAGAGAUCGGUGACAACCAGUUGUAGAUAGCAUGCCCAAUAGAUGGCCAGAAAAAUAUGAGCUCAGAUUAUUUUAGUAUGCAUGGAAUGACUCUCUUUAAAAACAUUCUGUGUUAUACUGUUUAAAGGCAUGAAUUAUCUUUUUCAGUAAAUGAUAUUUAAAAUGUUUUUAAAUGGCUCAACCCACUGAGUACACUAGUACUCAGCCUUGCAAUUGUUUUCAAAACCUUUUGCAGAUUGAGCAGCUGGUGGUGAUGUGCGAAGCUGAGGAGAGGUUAUUGCUGUAAUAUUGAAGAACACUAUGUUUUACUUCCGCUGAAAUAGAUUCACUUGGUGAAUAUAAUCUUAUGCCUAACUAUACUUUAAAUCGUUUUAAUCUGGAUUUUAUUUUCCAUCGUUUUCCCAAGUGAUUGUUAUUCUGCAUAUAUAUUAUAUGCCUAAUAUGAAAUGUUGUUUUGGGCUCAGACCUUCGAACUUUCGAUCCAGUUAGGGAGAACAAUUAUAUCAUAAUGCCAUACUUGUUAUAUUUUAAACACGGCAUAUCUUUCUAUCAAUGAGAUAAUGCCCAACCUUGAGGGCACAGUACCCAUUUUAUUCGAGUAAAGCUUAGUAUUCCUGUCGCAUAGCCCAUUUCUUUUUCUCCCGGGAAAUUAGGGCUAUCACAAAUGGUAUCAGAGCAAAAGUUCUUGGCUCUGAGACCGCUAUUUCAUUGAUGUUGAGUCUAGAAUAACAUCUCUAGACUUCUAAGCUACACAGCAACCCUCAGCUCGCCUACACUCCGCUCUCAAGAAAGAAAGGUACGCGAUUUUAACAAAUUUUACUUAAAGUGUGUACAAGUAUUCAAAGUGGUUUUAAAAGCAAGAGUUCUUGUUAAAAGAAAAUAAUUUUUUGGUUCGGUUCGAUUUUAAUUAUAAAAAUUUCGGUUAAUCCGGUUCGGUUUGGUGUUAGCAAAAAUCGAACCAUAUAAUCGAAUGCACUACUCGCUACCACAGAUAGUAUUCACUCUAAAAAAUAACGUUCCAUUUUUUAGCAUCUCAUUCAUAAUGUCUAACUUUAAAAAAGUAGUAAUAGCUUAGUUUAUUUAUUAUAUUUAUUUUUUUUCUCAUUUAUUUCAUCUCUUUUUUUUACUUUUUCAUUACUCUCUCUAUCUAUCUCCUUAUUUACUUUAUUUUGAGUGCUCUCUUUUUUUAAAAAAAAUGUUAUAACAAAAAAAUUUGGGGCUUUGUUUCCUUCUUUUCUCGUUAUAUCACAAAUGCACACCUACUAAAUCUCAAAUUACACUUGACUAAUUAUAUUUGUGGACAUUAUACAAGUAGGAGAGAUUUAGUGUGCGUGAUUUAGCUUAGCGGUAAGUAGUUUGUUAAUGUCCAAAGCAUAAAUUUUUGAAUUCGAGUUCAUCGUUAUGCGAUGUUUAAAUUUCUUUAUUUGUUUGUAUAAUUUAUCAUAUAAAAAAGAUACGAGAGAUUCAACUACUCGUCUCUUAUAAUAAAUUAAGAAGAGUUCAUCACCCAAUCCUGUAUAUCAGAUGUUGAAUGUGCUCUUCUUAAUUUUUCUCUAGUUAUUUAGGUAAGCUUUUAGGAGGAGUGCAGGUAAAUUUACUUGAAUCUUUCACUAUGGGUCUUACUUAUAUUUUUCUAUUAUAAUGAAAAAUAAGGAUUCUAAAUGGAUUGCCACGUCUCUUUAUAUAAGUUGGGGUAGGAUAUAAAUUCAUUCAUUGUGAAGUACUAGUUUAUUUUACUCUCUAUCAUGUGAAAUGUUCUUAUUUUAAUCGGAAAAAAAAAAAGUAAUAUCUAAAUAGACAAAAUGAAAUUACAAGCUAUAUACUCUUUUUUUUUUAAGAAAUUACAAUCUAUAUAGUUAAAUAAGAGUUUAGAUGACAUUGCCCAUUGGUCGAAGAAGUCCAUUAAAGAAAUACAUGUACGAUUUUGUGUGUGUUGGUGUUAAAAAUUGAACCAUGUUUGUCCUACUUCCGAAGUUGUAUCCAUUAAAUAUACAGUACACUAGAUUUAGUGAUCGAAAACAUUGAAUUUAUUGAAAAAAUUGAAGUUAUAGUUUGAAAGUAAGCAAACCGACACACUCCACACUGAAAAUGUCACAACUGCGGAGCUCGUAUCUUUUCUUCUACAAUCUCGUCCAGGCAUCUGGAUGGGCUUUGUCUCUGUUCAGAAUUUUGAGCAGCUUCUCUUCCUCCAAAUCAACCACUGCCGCCUUCUCUUCUGCCGGUCAACUAAUCUGCCUUUUGCAGUGUCUUGCAUUCUUGGAAGUUAUUCAUGGGGCUGUUGGAAUUGUGCCGAGUGGUGUUGUGCUUCCUCUGAUGCAAUGGGGAGGAAGAACUCACUUUUUGCUCGCUAUUGUUCGUCAAAUUCCCGAGGUUCAGGAACUACCAUCGGUCUUCAUAACGUUUGUGGCUUGGAGUGUAUCUGAGGUGAUCAGGUACUCACAUUAUGCGCUCUAUUGCGUUGGCAGUUCACCAAAAUGGAUCACUUUUAUCAGGUACAACGCAUUCAUUAUCUUGUAUCCUAUUGGAGUUUUUCCCGGUGAAAUGUGGCUUAUGUACCAAGCACUUCCCUUCAUAAAGAAGGAAAAACUGUAUGCAGAUAGCCUUCCAUUCAGCUACUACAACUUCAUGGUGGUUUUUCUUUUCUGCUAUCCAUUUUUGUGGUUGAAACUUUACCUCCACUUAUUCAAGCAGCGUCGAUCGAAACUUGGAAAACAAGAAAAGAAGAAGCGAAGCUGAGAAUAGAUCGUCACUAAUCUGCUGCCUCAAAUGUAGGCUUUGUGUUUUUUUCUUUGGUGUUGUUGGUAGUUUUGCUUCUUUGAGCUAUGCUCUAAUUUAUUAGCAAAAUAAUUGAUCAGACAUUCAAACUGAUUUUGCAAACCAAAUUUCAACAUCUAAUGAGAUGAUGGUUGAAUGAGAUAGUUGACAA